AUGAAAAAAUAUACAAAUUUUUUUAAUUCAAACGAUUUUAUAAAAAUAAUUAUAUCAACAAUUUAUUUACCAACACCAAUAAAUAUUAAUUAUAUAUGAAAUUUUGGAUCAAUUUUAGGUAUUUUCCUAAUAAUUCAAAUUAUUUCAGGAUUUAUUUUAUCAAUACAUUACUGUCCUAAUAUUGAUAUUGCAUUUUGAUCUAUUACAAAUAUUAUAAAAGAUAUAAAUUCAGGAUGAUUAUUUCGUUUAAUUCAUAUAAAUGGAGCUUCAUUCUAUUUUAUAAUUAUAUACAUCCAUAUUAGACGAAAUAUAUUUUAUAAUUCAUUUAAAUUAAACACAGUAUGAGGAAUUGGAAUUUUAAUUUUAUUAAUUUCAAUAGCAGCAGCAUUUAUAGGAUAUGUACUACCAUGAGGUCAAAUAUCUUAUUGAGGAGCAACAGUAAUUACAAAUCUAUUAUCAGCUAUUCCAUAUGUAGGAAAUACAGUUGUUCUUUGAAUUUGAGGUGGAUUUUCAAUUAAUAAUGCAACAUUAAAUCGAUUUUUUUCUAUUCAUUUUAUUUUACCAUUAGUAAUUUUAUUUAUAGUAAUUUUACAUUUAUUUGCCCUUCAUUUAACUGGUUCAUCAAAUCCAUUAGGAUCAAAUUACAAUAAUUAUAAAAUUUCUUUUCAUCCAUACUUUUCAAUUAAAGAUCUUUUAGGAUUUUAUUUAAUUUUAUUUAUUUUCAUAAUAAUUAAUUUUCAAUAUCCAUAUUAUUUAGGUGAUCCUGAUAAUUUUAAAAUUGCUAAUCCAAUAAAUACUCCUACACAUAUUAAACCAGAAUGAUAUUUUUUAUUUGCUUAUUCAAUUUUACGAGCUAUUCCUAAUAAACUUGGAGGAGUAAUUGGUCUUGUUAUAUCUAUUUUAAUUCUUUAUGUAACAAUUUUAUAUAAUAAUAAAUUAAUAAAUAAUAAAUUUAAUAUUUUAAAUAAAAUUUAUUAUUGAUUUUUUAUUAACAAUUUUAUUAUACUAACAUGAUUAGGUAAACAAUUGAUUGAAUAUCCAUUUAUCAACAUUAACAUAUUUUUUACUACAACAUAUUUUAUAUACUUCUUUUUAUCAUUCUAUACAAGAAAAAUUUGAGAAAAACUUAUUUGAAAAUAUUAA